GGCGGGACGUCCGGGGCGGGCUCUGGGUGCCCGGUGCGGAAGGGUCCGGCCCGGCCCAGGUCGGAACAAAGCGGCGGCGGCGAGGCAGGCCCGGCAUGGCGGCGCAGCCGGCCCGGCUCCGUCUCUGGCUGCUCCUGCAUCUGCUGCCGCAGGUAUACUGUGAGUAUGGGAUGGUACAUGUCCUUUCAGAGAAGGGGAGCAGCAAAGGAAAAGACUACUGUAUUCUCUUCAACUCUCAGUGGGCCCAUUUGCCACAUGAUCUGGGUAAAGCUUCACUCCUGCAACUGCAGGAUCAGACAGCAUCUGUUUUGUGUUCUCCUUCUGAUGUACCUCAUGGGGGAUUUAAUAAUCAAAUCCCCAUGGUGAUGCGAGGAAAUUGCACCUUCUAUGAGAAAGUGAGGCUUGCUCAGAUAAAUGGGGCCCGUGGGCUGCUGAUUGUUAGUAGAGAGAGACUGGUUCCUCCUGGAGGUAAUAGGAGUCAGUAUGAAGAGAUUGAUAUUCCUGUGGCUCUGCUUAGCUAUACUGAUAUGUUAGAUAUCGGCAAGAGUUUUGGCAGCUCAGUGAAAGGAGCAAUGUACGCACCAAAUGAACCUGUGCUGGACUACAACAUGGUGAUUAUCUUUGUCAUGGCUGUGGGAACUGUUGCAAUUGGAGGCUACUGGGCAGGAAGCAGAGAUGUGAAAAAGAGGUACAUGAAGCACAAGCGUGAUGAUGGGGCAGAGAAACAUGAUGAUGAAACAGUGGAUGUGACUCCCAUAAUGAUCUGUGUGUUUGUAGUGAUGUGCUGCUCAAUGCUCGUCCUCCUUUAUUUCUUCUAUGACCACUUAGUCUAUGUUAUAAUAGGAAUAUUCUGCCUGGCUGCCUCCAUUGGUCUUUACAGCUGUCUGUCUCCCUUUGUAAGAAGAUUCCCCUUGGGAAAGUGUAGAAUUCCAGACAACAACUUGCCAUAUUUUCACAAGCGUCCCCAGAUCCGGAUGUUGCUCUUGGCAGUAUUUUGUAUCUCCGUCAGUGUAGUCUGGGGAAUCUUCAGAAAUGAAGAUCAGUGGGCCUGGGUUCUGCAAGAUGCUUUAGGAAUUGCUUUCUGUCUUUACAUGUUGAAAACAAUUCGCCUGCCUACAUUUAAGGGUUGUACCUUACUCCUCCUGGUUCUUUUUGUGUAUGAUAUAUUCUUUGUAUUUAUCACACCUUUUCUAACAAAGACUGGGGAGAGUAUAAUGGUGGAGGUGGCUGCAGGCCCAUCUGAUUCUGCCACUCAUGAAAAGCUCCCAAUGGUCCUGAAGGUUCCACGACUGAAUUCCUCACCAUUGGCUCUAUGUGACAGACCUUUUUCUCUUCUAGGAUUUGGAGACAUUUUAGUUCCAGGCUUACUGGUAGCCUAUUGCCAUAGAUUUGAUAUUCAGGUGCAGUCAUCCAGAGUCUAUUUUGUAGCCUGCACAAUAGCAUAUGGCAUAGGCCUUCUUGUGACCUUUGUUGCCUUGGCACUGAUGCAGAUGGGCCAGCCUGCUCUCCUCUACCUGGUGCCCUGUACUCUCCUCACCAGCUUCGUGGUGGCCCUCUGGAGAAGGGAGCUUGCCAUGUUCUGGACGGGCAGCGGCUUUGCGAAAGACCUACCUCAGCCUCCUGUGGUGAUAGCUCCUGUCAACUGCCCUCAGCUUCCCAAAGACAGCAGUGUGCCAGACUCUCAACAAGACGCAGAGCAAAUGACCAACCCCACCCUCCACCUGGAGGAGCUGCAUGCCUCUGCCUCAGCUGAAGAGGAGUUGGCCGAUACCAGCACAAAGACAGACCAGUCAGAAAUCUCUAUGGCCCACAGUGAGGAACCAACUGCUCAGAAUAAGGAUGACCUUGAAAGCAAAUGCCUAAAUGCAGAACAAAACCAGCUGGAAUAAGUGAUGUGAUAAGAAUUCCCUCCUUUCCCUCACAAACAUACGUAAAACCAGUAUGUGUGUAGGACUGGUUUAGUAAGGUUUGCAUUCAUUGAGGAACCUCACUAGGAGUCUGAUCAUCAAAUCCAACAAGGAAUGUUCUGUCUCCAGCUUCGGUACAGCUAUAUACUUAAAACAUCUUUCUGAAACAUGGUGCUCUCCAGGAGUUCUGAUGUGUGGGUUUCAAUGAUCACUGUUAGUGAAUGCCUUUGACCAUUUGUUCCAUUUGCAUUAUAGCAGGGUAGCAUCAAGAGUCUUUAUUUACUCAGUACUCUGUGCUUGUGUGGCUGUUUCACUGCUUUACCAUGAUGUAGGUUAACGUGGAGGAAAAACAUUGAACAAGUCUGCUACAAUGCUUACUUGAGAGAAACAUGGUCUCUUUGGGUUUUUUUGGCACUUUCCCUAUUGUCACAAUUUACUUUACUUCUCUUGACUUGUCAAAGCCAUUGAUAUAAGGGAAUGCAUUAUUAUAAACUGACAUUCAGGAAAUGCAGAGAAUGGUUAAAUUACCAUUAGUCCAAAAGGCUUUAUGCUACCAUGGUGCAUUAAAUGCAUCUCUUAACGUUUUUGUCUUUGUUUUUAUUUCUAGGUAUCUGAGCUACUAGUCUAGUUUAAAAGGCAGGGUGAGUAGAGCUCCAGGAAGCUUUCUAGGCAUUCAUGUGAACUCUUAAGUGCUCUGAUAAUAAACAGGGUUGGUCACAGAAUAAUGCCUGGAAGCAAAUGCAUAUUAGGAAUGUUUAAAAAUAAAAUAUAAACCAAAUAGGUGAAAAAAAUUAGGUAGUAGCACUAUACUAAACUUAACAGGCAAUAUUUUCAUUGGAAAAAUGUUAAAGCGCAAAUGUUCUUAUGUUUGGGGCUUUGAGCUUCUAUUCGUUCUUCAUUCAAGGAAUAUAAUUGUGAUUUCUAAUUCUGAAGAAAAUAGUUUGAUUUUUCAUUCCCAACGGAGCACAUAUGGUCCUAGAGACAGUUGUGAUUUAAAAGUUACUUGCUGCUCAGUAACUUACCAACUGCCUAAGUCAUGUUUGGUCUUUGUCCCAAGAGUAGCCAAAGCAUAGUCUGUCAGGUUCUGGAAUGAACCUGGGAGCUCACUUACUGUUUUGUGUUUCUUGCUACAUUGUGAAGGAAUUUGUAAAUUUAAAAAUUUUGGGGUGCAGCUGGUCUUACUUCAUAUUCCUGAAAUUGUUUUCCUGUAUAACAUGAUUGAGUUUUUUAUGCAUCAGCUUUUGUAUGUAGAAAGACGAUGGGAUUUGGCUAUUACGUAUUCCAUCUAAGUACAUUUGACUUUAUCAGAGGAGUCUGUUCUGUGUUUACAUUGCAAUUCCAGAAAGCCUCAAACACUUUACACAAAAACUGAAAUAGAAAAUUGAGGUAUUAUAAGAUCCUUGGGUAUGAUUCCAGAUUUCAUGGAAGAAAUACUCUUGAGUAUUUGAGAGCCCAAAAUGUCAUUUACAAAAGUAUUGUCACAGUGAUGCAGUCAGAGGCACUGCUGUUAAAUUGUGAGUCUCCAGUUGGCAUGUUGAAUUGGAGUUGAAAAGCUCUCUUUUCAAGAAUGUCACUUAAAUAUCAGCCAUUGUCUUUUUGGCUAUAUCUUCCAAAAUUUUGCCCUGUGCUUUUUGGAUGAAAGCUUUUGUGGGCACUGGUAGCAUUCUUUCUCUAGGAUGUGAACUGCUUUCUCUAAAACCACACUCUGGCUUCAGAGUUUUACCAGCUCCCACUUAAAGCCUUGAACCUUAUCUGAUAGGAUGAUUUAUGAAGUUUUUUGGAAGGCUCCCUGGGUCCAAUGGCCAACACUACAUUUAAUUUACAACUACAACACUACAUUUAAUUUACAAAUUGCCCUAAUGGAAGAUAGUACUAAAGCAAUCUGGUUUUCAGUCUUUUCUUUGAUGGACCGUUACUUUGGCCAGCCAUAACCUGAACAGUUAUUACUAAUAAAAAGCAACGAAAACAUUUUACUGAAAACUUCAAUUAGCUGGAUUAUGCCUUAAGUAAUUGUGUAAGUAUGGCUAUUAAAAUUAAAAAAGCAAUCUUGUGUUUAAAUAAUGAACUUGACAAAUAGCAAGGUAAGUUGGAGACUGACUCAAAGUUCUAUUGGUUUUUGCCUUGAUCAUCUCUUAGUCAGAAUGUUGUUUGGAGUAGCUUUUUACAUAUUUAAAAGCCAGUAGCUUUCUGAUGAUGAGGUAUUAGGUAUUGUCAUCUACUUGAAAUUGUACUUUUGCACUUGUUCUCUUGUGUGGUUAGGAAACAGUUUAUUUCAGAUUGUUCAUAGCUCAGUUUAAACAGAAGAAUUGGUCACACUGAAUUAGGCAUUUCACAGUUGCAUUCUGGACAUUCUGCUUCACCUCAGAUUUUGGGGAAUUUCCAUCUAUUUUUAAGUGUAAUUUUUUCUCCCCUGAACAAGAAGGAAUGCAGGGAAAAAAAAUCCUGAUUGCUUCUCAGUGCAGUACCUCCAGUUGUGAAAUGACAUGUGAAAUUGAAACAAUUUACAGACUUUGACUAUCUCAGUACUGUACAAAUCAGGUGACUGUGGUGCUCCAGCUUGGCUGUGACUGUUCGGACCCUGAUCCUGGGCAGAUCAAUCCCUUCCAUCAAACACCAAGGCUGUAUUUUUUAAUCUUUAAAAAACUUCCCUGAUCAGCUUAAUUUAAAACUUAACGUUGUAUAGGAAAAUGCAUCUAUCAGUUCAAUGUGACUGACUCCGAUUUUGAUUAUUUCAGAUACACAUUCCCCACCAUUACUUUAAAUAUUAAAGCUUGAGUUCUAAUAUUUAAAGUAAUGAAAGUGACAUUAAUGUUAAAAAUAAUGUUGACAGGUUUCUUGUUUAUGUCUUUCACAUACUAAGCCCUACCUAUCUAGAAAUUCAGUAAGGGUUCUGUUCCCUGAGAACUGGUAUGUGUUCAGGGGAAGCAUUUAUUUUAGUCAAAAAAAACCCAAACAAACACAAAAACCGCAACAACAACCAACACAACUAAAACAAAAAUCCGUUUGAGAAAAUCUGACUCUUUGCAUCACAAUAGUGAGGGUCAGAUUCCUUCCCCAAGUGUUUGUUUUGGUCUGUUCCCUACUGAAGGAUUGCCCAAAUGCAGCUGAAGGUAGAAUGGAAUAUGAAGGACUUUACUGAGGAUGACAAGAGAAAAGUAUCCCAAACCCUCUUUAAGUUUCGUGGAUUUUAUUUUUCUUGUCAGAAAUGAAGAGCAUUUUAAAUGAAAUACAUAAAAAAGAAACACAAAAGAAUAGGUUUGAAAAUAUAUUCUGUGUUUACCAGUGGCACUAAUAAAAGUGCAUCCACAUGUGUAAGAAUUACACUUGCAAAAAUAUUAUAAUGUUUUCUCUAAACUUGGGCAGAUACCAGACAACAGAAAAUCUGCAGCAUAGCCUAUUUUCCAAAAGGUUUAUUAACAUGUUUCAUAGAAAACUUCAUUUAGAAAACUGUUUCCAUAUUUCUUGAACAUUUUCCAUGGUCUUUGGAUAAUUGGUCAAGCUUUUCCUUCAGAGUAUGAUGCUCUUUCCUUACAGUACCCCUCGCUAUGGCUGUUGUUAGGAAUGUCUUGACAGUAUUUUUCAGCCAUACGCAUUUCUGUGUUUCAGCUUUGGUUUUUGCAUUCCCACUGCAUUGUUCUAACUGGGAACAGAUCAUGACUACCAUGGUAGUGCCUCUUGACUUCUGUGUAUGCUGGAAACUGGUGCUGACUGUGGCUGCAGUCACUAAUGAAUUAAUCUGCCUCGGGGAGAUGCUGUGAAUUUACCUGCAGCUCUUUAAAAAAGCCAGUAUUGGAUGUUUGAGAACAGUGUUGCCUUGAAGUUAAAGCUCGCGUGCGCUGUUUUAGUGCGAGAUCCAGUGUUUUUGUUCUGGUCUUGAGCCCCAUGGCUGUGUGUGUGUCUCUGGUUUGUUGCACUACACAGGCUGUAUAGGAUGUAAGGCCCAUGAUACUCCUUUUUAACAGCAGCUUCAUUAACUGUCCGUGAACAAAUCAGAGUAUCAUUUGAUGUGUUAUUUGUAGUGCACUGAAGGCUGAAUAUGCUGGCCAAGCUGCAGUGUAUACAACUAAUGAUUAUCAAUGCUUGGCACAUAGCACAUUGACACAAUUCUGAAAUACAGACAUACCAGUAGAUCCAAACUCAUCCAAAGCCUACAGAGAUUAUACUUUUUUCCAAGAUGAGUGUGGUCUCUGAUAUUUUAAGAAGAGUGUAGGGCUGUGUCUUCAGGUGAAUGAGGACAGGAACCAUUUUCAGAGGUGCAUAAAACAUCAUCAACUAGGAAUAAUUAAUCUUUAGGUAUUUUAAACUUGCAUGUGGUUUCCUAGCCGGGGUGGGACAUGAAGAACAGAGCUGUACUAACAGCUUUUCAGUUUAGGUUUUUGCUAGUGGUGCUGGGUGGGGUGGAGAGAGGGAAGAUAAAAAAAAAUGAAGGUGACUCAGAAAGCAUGAGGAGAUGCUGAACAAGAAAGGCAGUGGAGUAUACUCUGAAGAGGAGAUCUAAGGGCAUGAUAAAUAUCCAAAAAUCUGAACUGCUGCUGCAAAUUGGAAAAACAAUUUGUCAUUUUCAAGUAGGGAUGACAUUAGAAUUAAUAGACUUAAUAAAGAAAUUUUGGCACUGGUGGUAGGAAAAAUCUAGGAGUGGCUGGCAGGUGAAGGGCUCAGUGGGACAGGGCAGUGCCCAGUGCAUGAGCUCCUUUGGUUCUGUGAGGAGAGAACUGAACCACACCAACCAGAGUAAUUUCAUGCCACUGGCAGUUGGGGCCAGGCAACUUGCCCUGGCCUACCUGUCCAGAUAUAGUCCGAGGGUCAGGAUUCCUGAGUUUAACGAUGUUACAGCAUGAACUUCAUCCCCGAGUACUCAGUUUCUAUAUCAUGAAUGCUGUCAGGGUGUUCUGUAACCACUGUGAUGGACAGUUCAGCUCUUGUGAGACAAAGACUGUUUUCUGCUACUUAAACGUGAUAAAUCUAGAAAGAAAUCACAUCAAUUUUAGUCUUUUUUGUCUAUGUUUAAUUUGUUGUAUUGCUUCUGGCAGCCUGAAGCAUUUUCAGAACAAGACAGCUUUGUGUUCUACCAGAAGCUUCCUUUGGCCAGUGGCAUAAAAGAACUUUCUUUCCACUGAUCCUUUCUAUCAUCUCUGUUUAUUAUUAACACAAAAUUAUGUGUUCUUCUGUGAGGGUUCCAUCUUUUUGAGUUUUGCAGUUAAAUAUUCAGAUUAUGUGGAGUAAAGAUGGCAUUUUACUAUCUGUAGAUUAGUGAUAGAUUAUGAAUAAUGUGUUUAAAUAGAAUUUUCUUGAAUUGGGAACUAGUGUACUGUACACAAUAAUCUAUAAUUUCAGGAACUAGCAGAGGACUUAACUUCAUAUUAUACAGGGGCUCAGGCUUGGUUCUGUUUCCCAGAAGCUGUUGGUGAGUCCAGCAGCCAGGGGUUACAGGUACACAGGCUGCUAUGAUUAUUUGGAGCUACCUUCCUUAGGUGAAGGUUGUGUUACGUUUUUCUCAUAAUAAUUUUCUGCAUGUCAGCAUGCAAGUUCAGCUCCAGAUGGCAAACUUCAUCCAGGUGCUUGUCUCUGAGAAAUUCUGAGAUUAUAUGCUAGCUAGAUUUUUUUUUGCUUAAGAACUGCUUCCUGCUGACAGACAUGCACUGUAUGUUGUGCACUGACUUUGAGUGUUUCAUGUAAAUAUUGGUCAGCUGAAAAUAUGCGGCGACAUGGUUUCAAAGUAAACCAGCUCAUCACCAGCUCAUGCCCCAUCCCUGGAAGUUCAAAGCUAAGCUGGAUGUAGUCCUGAGCAACCUAAAACUAGUGGAUGGCAUCCCUGCCCAUGGCAGGGGCUGGAAUGAGAUGAUCUUAAAGGUCCCUUCCAACCCAAACCAUUUUGUGAUUACAGUAUUCUGUCAUCACUCCUAAAAAAAUCGGUGGCUUGGGCUGGUAGGAACCCUGCAGUAGCAGACAGCCAACACCUCAUAGUCAAGUGCUGCUGAAAGAUCCCCAGCUCUGAGAAUGUGGCACUUGGCAUGAGCAGCAGCACCCUUUCAGUCAGUGCACUGAAGCCGGCAAGGUUUCCCAGAACCCGACCCUGGAAUGGGGUUGGCGCAAGAAUCCUGUCUGAUGUUUCCAGUACAGUAACUUCUUCCUUGAGCCAGAGGUUUGGAAUGGAUAGAAAUAGCUAUUUUCUUCUGAAGCAUAUGUCUGUAGUCAGGAAAUUGCCACAAACCUGCCACUGUGGAUCCAACCCUUGAACACUGGGAUGGUGGGAAGCUUGGUGCUGUUUGAGGAGAAGCACAGUCCUUCACAUCAUUCCCCAGCAAGGAACCAGAAGAGAAUUUUAUUGUUCUGCUCUGACUGAAGUUGUUCUGAUUGAUGUUGAACAAAAACUUCAAAAUAGUAGUUCAGGUUUAGUUUGACAAAAACACAACCCACAGUGGCAUAGUUUAAUUUGGUUUGGGUCAUAAUCUACUUUUUUCAUAAUCAGUAGUGGAGACUGCAAAAAAUGUUUAUCAAAGAUGUUACAGCAGAUCCUAAGUUGGCGACAAGCCUGUGUGGGAAACUGCUGUGCUGGCCAGUGCGUGCCAUGCUGUGCCUUUGCUGGGGUGAGCAUGUCACCAGUUUGUCUUCAACUCAUACUUUGCCACUUGUCUCCUCCGGCGACCUUUUGACUGUCAAACUCUCACAGAGAGUCCCACAGCCAGCACUGGUUGUGGGAGAGCAAGAAGGAAUCUGUGUGUCACAGAGCACCCUGGUGCUGUAUGAAAGGCAGAAAUGGAACUGACCACCCGCCCCACAUGCUGCCUUCCUCGCGGGCUGAACACACAAAACCUUGAGCCUAAAGGUGCCACUGGAGCUAUGAGCGCUGCUACUUUCAGCCUAGCAACACAGAAAAGCAAAACCUAAAAAAAUCUGAAUUUACAGCCCUGCCUGUAGAUGCUCUGUUCACUGCUGGCCAUGUUCUUUAAAGGCUGGAGGAACUGGGGUCUAAUAGCCUGCCAGCAAGUCAGAGGCCCCCUGUGACCCCUGCUAGUGUUACUUUACUAAAAUUGAAUCAGAAAUUCUCUGGGUGUGGAUUGUUGGGAGGCUGGAAGCAAAAAUUUCAAGCAGUAUAAAGAUGAUUUAUGAGCAAAGACCCAUUUGGAUGCUUGACAGUAGCUGCUUUUAGAGAGGAAGAUGGUUCUUGGAGAUAACAUGAUUAGUCUUAAAUGUCUGCUGUCUUUGUGGAAGGACUUUGUAAUGGUGUUCAAGUAGUAGUAUGUAGGAUAGUAUAUGAAGAGUGCAACCUAAAAGAUUGUUCAUUUUAGCAAUUUUGCAAAUUUUAGCAAUUUUGCAAAAACUUGCAAAUGCUUUUGUUUACCUCUAUAUAUGUAUGCAUGAAGAAUAAACUUUAAGCUAAUUUCAGGUACUGAAGGAAAGAUUUUCCCUUGAUCCAACGUGUUACAUGUUUUUCCUGUUUUAAGAUCUAUGCAGCUUGUCCCCUUAAUAAUUUUUUUUUUUGUAAAAUUAGAAAAAAACCCACUCUAAAAAACACCCCCUGCCCCCAUAAAAAGAAUGGCUAAGGAAGUUGGUCAGUGUAGGAGACUGGUAUGAAAACUUACUUGGAGUAUUUUUCCUGCAAAAAAGAUUCCAAACAAACAAGGUAUGGAAAUGAAGUGCAGAUGGGACAUAAUGAAUGAGUAAUUCCGUUCUCUGUAAGGAUAUAGUUAGUGAGGCUGAUAAAAUCAAUGUCCUUCCCCAGGUCCCUGGUUCCUAUCUUGUAUUUCCUUUACCUCAUCAGUCACUCUGUCAAUGGCAUACACCACGUGGCUCAGUCCCACAGUUGUAGCUGAUUGUGGGGCUGUUGAUUCCCCAUGGGAAGAGGGUCCCUUUCCCUCACUCAGGCUACUACUUGAUGGCUUGCAAAAUUGUGCAUAUUGCAUAUCUGCAAGGGUAGAUAAAGCAGUAAUUCUGUGUCUUUUGUCUAUGAUACAAUAUCUUCUAUCUGUGGUACAAAAUAUUUUUUUCUGUUAUUAUUGUUUGCAAGUAGUAUGAAGUACUAAGUGUGUCACCUUAUGAAUCCCUUCCUGUGCUGACACUAGGAGAGAGCCAUUGCGAAAACCAAGGGACAAAGCAAGUUUGUUCCUAAGUAGUAAAAAACAUUUUUGGCAAAUAUUUCUGAUUUUCCAAAACUGUAGGUCUUGCCAUAGUACAAGCAUCAGAUUUUCAGUUCAGUCUGGGUGGCCUUUUCCCACCCUGUGUCUGUGUGGAUCUUUAUGGUUUUGAUACCAGCCCUCCCUCUGGCUGAAUUACAGCCUUCUAUCCAAUUGCACAGCACAUCAUUAUAUAUAUUUUUUUUUUUUUAAUAUGUAAAUACAUUAUAAUACAUUUGAUUUCCAGUGACCAGAUGUAGAUUAGCUUUCCUUCUGUGAUGUAACACAGAUGGGAAAAAAACAAUUUCAAAAUUAACAAGGAUGGUAGAAUCUUAAGACAAAGAGAUGAGAAAUAUCCCAAGGGUUUUCCAGAGUGAUUUUCUAUGGAAUAAGGAAUGCUCUUUCAGGCAUACAGAGCUACAAGGAAAGAAAGCAAACUUGACAUUGACUGGUCAGCUAGUCAAAUUGUAGGUGUUUAGUUUUUUCCUUCUAUUUUGCUUUUUAAAAACACUGGAAUUUCUUUAGUCUGUUUUAGUUUAAAACUGUAAAAAAUUUCUAAAAGUGUCAAAUAAAGUUACCUAAUUUUUGAA